AUGAUUUAUGUUAUUAUCGAUAGUGUAGAGUUUGUAUGGGUGCGCGCGCUUCGUAACCAUAAGACCGCUUCGAGUUGAGUGGCGAGUUGAUAGAAGAAUAUGUGAUUUGAACAUUUACUUCUGAUUAUAGAAUACUUGUUACUAUAGAGUAAUUGUCUCAUAUAAGGAAUCGAAUUACAUAUAA